GCGAGGCCCUCCGAGUUUCCAACAUAUCCUGGGCCGAACAACACGUGGGCGGCCAUGCUGACCGAACCAAGACAUGGCGACAGAUGUCUUGGUGGGAACGACGGAACUCCGAGGUGGACGACAUUGCCCAGGGCUACGCUGACGAGCUGAUCGCCACCAACGACACGAUCGCCACCAACCCCAAGUUCUUCUCCGAACCCUGUGCGAUCUACAUCAACAACGAGAAGGUCUCCUGCCUGGCCUUGGAAUCGGUCGACAAAGCCGUUGUCCUGCCGGAAUUGAUGGAAUACUGGGCAGCCAAAGGCCGCCUCUGGCCGAUAGUGCACCAAGCGAUGAAGUCUCUGAAGCCUGCCGAACAGCGCUUCAUCACAAAACACACCGUUGGGAUGUGCAGUGUCAGCAAGUUCGGUAAACGAUGGGGUCUCGACUCCGAGAACCGAUGCCCCUUGUGCGGACUGGAGGAAGACCCUGCCUACACGUCCCCCGCUGCCCUUCCGCCCGGGCCAAGACCCAGUGGCAACUCCUACUCCAAGAACUCCAAGAAUGGUUCCAGUCCACCACCACUGAUACACCCAUCGCCCAAUUCCUUGGGGCCCUUCUUUGCACCAUCCGCACCCCUGACAACCAGCCUCGAACAGAGACUCCGUGGUACCGCCUACACGGAAUGUCUUCUUCCGCCCUCACCCACGUCUGUGAGGCUCAACUCCGCCUUGGCCCCCAGUGUCUCCUCGAAGGCCUUCUCGUCCACAGCUAGGCCAACCUCCAGCAACAAUUCUACCGCUCUCGCGGUAGUCGCCGAUCCGGUAACCGCUGGGCUGCCAAUCUAUCUCCACAGCUCAUCCUUAUCAGUAAAGGCAUGUGGAAGCAUCGCAAUGAUGUCUUUCAUUCUGACGACAACAUCGUCAACCAACAGCGCGCGACUGCUCUCGAUCGACGCAUCCACGAAGAGUUUGACUUGGGUCUUCGCGACCUACCUCGGAACCUUCAUAGAAAAAAGAAAAUCAGAAACGAAACAACACGCAAACACGCAGAACCAGCCAAUCUGCUCCGCGUAG